AUGGUGACUCCUGGAAUUAUGCAGGACAAUGAUCAGCUGAACUCUGAAGAGAAGAAGAAGAGAAAGCAGAGAAGGAACAGGACUACCUUCAACAGCAGCCAGCUCCAGGCAUUAGAGAGAGUUUUUGAGCGGACACAUUACCCUGAUGCCUUUGUACGGGAAGACCUUGCACGCAGAGUCAACCUAACUGAAGCAAGGGUCCAGGUGUGGUUCCAGAACCGGAGAGCAAAGUUUCGCCGGAAUGAGCGGGCCAUGCUGGCCAGCAAGAACGCCUCUCUGCUCAAAUCCUACUCAGGGGACGUGACUGCUGUGGAGCAGCCCAUCGUACCUCGUCCAGCUCCAAGACCCACCGACUAUCUCUCCUGGGGUACUGCCUCUCCUUACAGUGCCAUGGCCACCUACUCUGCCACGUGUACCAACGCCAGCCCCGCACAGGGCAUGAACAUGGCCAACAGUAUUGCCAACCUGAGACUGAAGGCAAAGGAAUAUAGUUUACAGAGGAAUCAAGUGCCCACAGUCAAUUAAUGACUGGAGGCAGCUGCCUUGCAGAAGGAGAAAACACAACAGCACCCGUCCUGCUUCGCAAUUUGUUUGCGCUGAAUCAAAAAGAAAAAGAAAAA